AUGGCAGCAGUAGAACAGCAACAACAGCCAGCAACGUCUCCUUUCACCCCCCCUUCUUCGCCUUUAUCACCGUCGUCGUCUUCACCUGUAAUAGUGAGGUCUCCUUCACCUUCUUUAUAUGACGUGUUUCCUAUCGUCUGUGAAGAUCCUCCAAUCAGAGCUUUAAGUGGCUCGCAAUAUUAUCUUAUUCAUGAAGCCUACCACAGUACAGCACUCCCUAACGACACUUUAUUUCCGUGGUUACAUGGUGUUGAUGGAACAAAUCUGGUUCAAAACAAUUUUUUUGGGAUUCAAGAAUGUCUCAUGCCUCUGCAUCGUGGUGUGACGGUAGUACAGGCCGAAGAAACGUCAAAAUCCUUACUAGUUGGUUCUGUUUACCCGUCUGAUAUUUUUAAUCCUCUUCCAAAUGAUGGUGAUGAUUCUCGUCAUGGACGUAGAGGUUUCUUAAAAGUGAAUGAUGGGGAAGGAGUUAAUGUAAAUUUACGUAAUUUUAAAAUCCAAGUAUCUAAAUACGUUACUUUAUCAGAUAUUGUCGUUUAUGGUGAAAAUGGCUUAAAUGACACCGUAUUGGAGAUUGCUAAACAAGCCGCGUGGGCUCAGCAAGCAUUACGGGAAAAUAGUACAAAUGGCAUAGAUUAUGAAGUUUUUGUCAUAUUGGAUCCAUUUUCAUUCUUUGAAAAAGAAUUUCCGGAACUUGUUGCGUUAGAUUCACACGGCAUCACACGUAAUAAGGUUAAUUUUUUGGAAAAAGAAAGAGAAGAAAUGAGAUUAUUAACUGCAGCAUCUGAGAUUUCACAUAACGUUUGGCUAGGGAAUACUCAAGAUGUUCCAGUAUCAAGUGACAUGGACCCGGCAGAUUCAGCAAUUUCAUUAAUAGAUGAUAAUCCGCGUCAAUUUAGUAUUUGUAUAGAAUCACAUGACCUUGCGGAAAUGGCAGAUCAAACCACAUUAAAACUUGCUACGGAACAACUUGCAAGUUUAUCAACGUGUAGACGAACAUCAAUUGAUGAAAUUAUUCAUAUUGAUUCGUUUGAUGCAAUAGCGACGAGGUUGAUAGAUUUGUGUGAAUUUAUUUCAACGCAAGCAAAUAAAUUUGACCAUAAAAUAUUAAUUCACUGUGCAGAUGGAUAUACGGAAACUUCUUUACUUUCAUUAACUUAUUUAAUGUUUAAUGAAAAUCUCAAAUUACCACAAGCAUAUCUUAGAUUACAAAAGACAAGAAAUGAAAAAAAAGAUAUUGAAAAUAUUGAAAAAUUUCCAUGGUUUUUUUCACCAUUUUUUGAAGGAAGUUUUCCUAGCCGAAUUCUUCCAUUUUUGUACCUUGGUAAUUUAAAUCAUGCGUGUAAUGACGGUAUGUUAAAGGCCCUUGGAAUCACCCAUGUCUUAUCUGUUGGUGAAGAUUCUAAAUUGGAUAGAAAAGAAUUUGAAGUACAAUAUUUAGACAAUUUAUAUGAUGAUGGAAUUGAUAGUUUAUGGAACCAUUUGGAUUCUUGUGUCAAUUUCAUCGAAAAUGCUCGACGAUCGAAUGGUAGUAUAUUAAUUCAUUGCCGAGUAGGAGUAUCUAGAUCUGCUACUAUAACGAUUGCAUAUAUUAUGAAACAUCUUGGCAGAUCGUUGGUAUCAUCAUAUUUAUAUGUCAGAGCUAGAAGACUUAAUGUUAUUAUUCAACCUAACCUGAAGUUUAUGUAUGAAUUAUUACAAUACGAGCAAAAAUUAACCGGAAGGAUGAAUAUUAAUUGGGUCUGGUUAGCUAAAGAAAUUCAUGCUCUAAACAUGUGUUAUGUUGGUGCUUAA